AUGGAGCAACACACAACGAUAAUGAACGCAUUUGCCGAGUGUCAAGAACAAAAGGAUCGUGUCAAAGCCUGUUAUGGUGACUGGUUUCAGAAAUUGUGGGGAGGUUCGUACGACCGUCAUAGCUGUGAACAAGAGACUGAAGACUAUCGCCAGUGUGUCCAGGAUGUGCUGAAGCGCAAUAAGGACCAAGGCAAGCGCAGCUGGAAGAAUUCGGACAAUGACUGGAUGGAUCGAGUCAAGGAUCAGUCAAAUGAUGCCGCUGAAGAGGCAACGGGUCGUGCUCGCCAAACUCGUGACAGAGUUAGAGACAAGUCUAACAAUGUGGCUGACGAGGUCAAGGGACGUACUCGGAAUGUGCGUGACAAAGUUAAAGACAAGUCGAACAAUGUGGCUGAAGAGGUCAAGGGACGUGCUCGCAAUGCGCGCGACCGCGCAAUUGAUGGGAAAGAGGAAGCUGAGAGCAAAUUAAGAAGCACAGCAUCUAAUGUCACAUCUAAAGUCCAAGAAACUGCUGACUCGUGGGCCGAUAAAAUUAAGGGAUUUGCCAAGAAGGCUGACAACAAAGCCCAACACACUUACGAUGAUGAUGAUGACUAA